AUGAUCUGUACAGCUGCAUUUGUCCUAGACAGCUUGGCCAUAGUGAUUGAUGAGAAGCUAUACAUCUACUCUCUGGAAGACCAAACAUGGACAUCCUCCCAAGGUGUGGACACCCCAGUGGACACGAUCUCCACACACCAGUGCUGCUUCAGCAAAGAAGGCUCCUGCUUGGAAGUGAGCUCAGUGGUGCUGCUGUACAGCCUGGGAAGCCGUCUGGAUCUCGGUCGGAUAUACAUGUCCACGAACGGAGGGUUGUCCUUCCAGAAGUACAGCGUUCCCCACCACUCAAACGAGCUCAUUGGAGGGCUGUUUAACAUGCCCACCGUGUCCAGCAUCGUGGAGAUGAUCAUCGAUGAGCAUAACAUGUUUUCUUUACGCUACACCGCAGGGAGCAGCAGCCAGGAGUCGGAGCAUCACCCCUUGAUGGACCCCCCGUCGACCUUGAACGUGAUCCAGACAGCCGGGAUGAGAGGCCACCUCAUCAUCUGGUCCCCCAACAUGCUGCUCUACUCACCCAACCACGGUAUUGUCCUCCAGACGGUGGCCGUGAUCAACCAAGGGCAGGACCUCCUCCCCCCUGAAAAUGUCACCGUCAUACAAGUUGCCACAGAUAACACUGCAGUGAUUGCUGUGAUGACCAGUGAUGGGGCCCUGUACUAUGGCAGGAUGGGGAUGGAGGCUAAAGUCAUGAAGAUGACCAUGUUGCUGGACCUGACCCAAGUGGACGUGAUGCUGUUCACACACUACGGAGACCUGCUUCUCAUCAAGGUCUACGAGGACCUUGUCCACGGGCUGGUGGACUUUGACCAUAAGACUGUCUUCAUCCAGCAGGAGCUGGCGCGCAUCUCCCUGCUUAUACAGGGCUGCCAAGUGGAGGAAUUUGACAGCACGUUUCAAGGAGAGCACUUCUACAUCGACAUGGACGGCACCCUGGAGCUGUCUGCUGUCUACGUCCCCUCACCUGUUUGCACCUUCUUCCCCCUGGUGACAGUGACAAACUCCCAGCUCCUCUCAACCAAAGUGGUCUUCGUGUUGGACGGCAUCACCCGAAGAGGCACCAAGAAAUACCGCAUGGACAUCAAGCUGCGUGAGCUGGGCUACACCAAUUUAGGAAGUGGAAGUCAAGGCGGCAGCUCUCGUGCAAGCGGCCUCUCCACCGUUGCUGUUGAAUUGAUGGGGCGAUAUGUGUCCUGCAAUAACCUGAACCCCCUGAAAGCUCACAUCAUCAACGGCUGUCCACCCGGGAAGCACAUUCGAGUACUGAAGAAAGUGACGACGUGCACCAAAGACAUCAUCUCCCAGGAGACGCUCCAAGACAACUUUACCUACCUCAUUCCAAAAGAGGUGUACGACCCCGAGUUCCUGGCAAGGCCUGGCAAGGCUUUACGUGACCUGAUCCUGCCCUACAGCGUCGUAGACUACGUCUGCCCUCUGCUGGUCUUCAAAGGCACCCCCUGGAUACCCUCACUGCAGCUGUGGCAAGGGGAAACGUUUGUGGAGGACGUGAAGGCAGACUUCAUCCUGUUUGAGGUCCACGGGAUGCACAACUACGAGUACACCCAGACGGUCCGCGGCGCUGAAUGUGUCUCCCAGCCACAGAACUGGACCGCCCAACUGAGCCAGCAGCACCAGCCGGACCCCCACACCGCCUGGAACCGACAAAACUAUGUGAGCUGCCUGGACUCUGACGGGCCUCCUCUCUCUGAGCCUACAGCCCAGUAUCAGGUCCUCAACAAGGACUCUGGCAACCGAGUACUCUUCCCUGAAUAUAACGGCAUGUACAUCUUCAAGGCCAUCGUGGUGGACCCCAGAUACAGCUACUGCCAGCUGACCACCACCUUCAGUGUGUUUGUGUACGGAGCGUUCCCCCAUCACGUUCUGCCCUCUGGUCUGGGACUGGGCAUCUUCCUGGGCAUCUUUGUGGCCCUGCUGAUGGCUGGAUUCUUCUUCAAGCUGCGAUCAUCUAAGGCCUAA